AUGCCGUUCCUUACGGACACUCGCUACUCGCAAGAAGAGUGUAUUGAAUCUGUUCGAGAUUUCUACAGCUUUCUUACCCAUAUGUAUCUUCCAAAAGACUAUGUGAAGGAGCCUCCAGAAGGUGGCUGGCCUUCCAUCACUCCAGAAAUCCUCAAAGAUUUUGGCAAAACGAACGAGGUCAUAUCUCUUCUCCGCCAACUGCCUUACAUACGCCAAAAUCACAACGGCAAAGAUGCACAUGCUGCUCCUUGGUGCUACUUUGCGGACUGGGACACCCUAAGCCAGGAUAUGGAGCGUGGGAGAGUGACAAGCUACGAAUUGAAGCUCUUAUCAGAAGGCGCCGAUAUUCAAGACAAUGUUCCUCCCCACGCAAUCAGCCUUGGGUUAGGAGACCGCGACAAUUGCGUGUUUUUACUCGACACGAAACUGGGAAUUGUGUACUGGCACGAGUGCCCAGGCGAAAUCAAGGAUAACCCUUCCAGCGAGCGAAUCUGGGACGACCCUUACGAAUGGGCUCCAGAGAACGAGGCCGAUUGGCGUGGCGAUGCCCCUGCCUGGACCGUAAAGGACUUCUUUGGGGUUCUCAAGGAUCAAUUUAUCACAUUGAGCUUUAUCCCAACUAGUCCACGAUCCGUUAUCGACAUCUACGUCAUACAACAUCCGAACUCGGAAGGCUUGAUUGAGAGGCUACAAGAGACAUACCGCUCGCAUGGCUGGCCUGAAUUGGAGAGCUUCUGCAAGCAUAAAUGCUUGGAGGCAGUGGAGGCAAUCGUGAAGCAGUACGAUUCGGCUGUUUAG